AUGGUUGCAUCAAAAUCUCCCGAUCCUUACUCAGCCAAACACCCUUUUCCUAAUUUCUUCUCUUUCUGGAGAAAAGCAAAGAAACCCAACGAAGAUUCGCCACCAUGGACCAGACUAUAUCGAAGGUUUACACUUAAAGAGCUCCGCCUUGCAACCGACAACUUUGGGUUGAAAAUAGGCCAAGAUGGUCAUUAUAGUGUUUACAAGGGUUUCAUCAAUGGCGGCUUUAAUGAAACGGUUGCUAUCAAAAUGUAUGAUAAUAAUUCACUCAUUAGCCACGGGUAUUUUCUGAGCGAGAUGGAAUUGCCAUGGAAACGAGAUCAUUCCAAUGUCUUUUCUCUCAUCGGUUACUGCAUCCAGGGAUCCCAUAGGUAUACUGUGUUUGAAUAUAUGCCCCAUGGAACCCUCCAUGGCCAACUUCAUAGCAAAAACGACUCAAAGACCCUGUUAUCUUGGAAAAAAAGGCUUGAAAUUUGCAUUAGAGCUGCUCGUGGAAUAGAGUUCUUACAUUCAGGUAACCCCUUGAUCAUCCACAGGGACAUUAAACCUUCCAACAUUCUUCUAGACAAUAAUUGGUUUGCAAAGAUUUCCGACUUCGACCUUUCCAAGAUGGUGCCAACAAGGUUGUCAGAUUCAGAUAGUCAUGUCAGCACCAUCAUAUGUGGCACUCUGGAGUAUACAGACCCUAAAUAUAUUGUGAGUGGUCUUCUCACGCUAAAAUCUGAUGUUUAUAGCUUUGGGGUUGUUUUAUUUGUGGUUUUAUCUACAAGAAAACCAAUGGAAAGAAGCAUACUAGAGGAACAAGGGAUAAGCAUAAUGCAGUGGUGGAGACAGUGCGUAGAAGAUGAUAAGGUUGGUGAAAUCAUGGAUCCUCGCAUGAAGGUUGAAGUGGCACCAGAUUGUCUAAAAGCAUAUGCUGAUAUAGAGUAUAAAUGCUCAAACGAACGAGGAAGUGAACGACCAUCAAUGGCGGAUGUGGUGAAAAGGCUUGAGCUGAUAUUGUUGUUCCAGGAAUGUUUUGAAGCUGAUUUACCUUUCUCACCAUCUUGGCUAGCAUCUAUUGCACCUUCCCCAAAAAAGAAUGAACCUCUGUCUGGGGUUGAUUUCCAAGACUCGGACAUCUUCGUAUCCGAUUACGACUCUGAAGAGCUUCUUCGUGAUUGA